UGCAGCCAUCAACUGGAAAUCAAUCAACCAACAAAAAUAAAACCACUAAGACUAAUAAAAAAAGGCAAAUGCCGAUGAGAAACAAUGGGAGUUAUGGAAACAAAAAGAUGAGGAGAUGGUGAAUGGAAACUACGAGACCGAACUACACGAAGCGAUCCUAUUGUCGCAAUUGGAUUACGAGAAGAAAAAAGAUGUUUAUGCGGCGGCUGCCGCGCAGGCAAAAGAAGAAGAAAAUAACAAUAAGAACAUCAUGAAAAAAGAGAAAGAGAAGAAGCAGAAGAAGAAUAAACCUAUUACAAUGUCACUGAAUGAAUUCAACAACCGGCUUGAACCAACUCAGCCUCCAGAGUCGGGUGGUAAAGGGGAUGCAAGCAAUGCGGGCAAUGCUGUUGAAGAGGCAGACCCACAGUUUUUCGAUCGGGUCAAAGAAGACGCGAAAAAAGUUCUGAAUCAUGAGAAACAGGUGGAGAAAAGGAAGGCACGAGAGCCGUUCGUGAACCAGGAAAUAGCGCUGGCAAGACUGGAGGAGAGGUUGGAGCGGAAAGAGAAAGAGGUGACCAGUCUCCAGGAGGAGGUUACCCGAUUGAAGGAGGAGCUGAAGACGGUGCGAGCCAGGAACAGAGACUUGUGCCUUAUCAUGAGUCAGGGAGAGAUGAAAGAUAAAGCGGAAGUGAUAGUGGCGAUGGAGCGGACUACCAUGGUGAAAGAUGAGCUGAGUGGGAGGUGGAGAGACUGCACGCUCUCUUAGAGCAAGAGCGCUCCAAAGUGCGCGCUCUCUCUCAGCACAACGACAAAAACAAAACUAAGGGCAAGAAGCGUACGGCCAGUGAGAAUAACUAGUAAUUGAGUGCAUUAAAAUGAUGAGUGACAUUAAAAUCAAAAGUUAUAUGUGAACUGAGUAAGGUAAAGUGGAAGAUAUAAAAGGCCCGGUGCAAUUAUGGCAUUCUAACCUCAAAUUAUCAGGCGUGAAAAUGCGAAUGAGUGGUAUAUUUGCAUCAAUUCCAAUAUUGAGAAGCCUAUCAUUUCUAUUUUGUAUGAUGUAUCGUAUCCUACUUAUAUAGACUGAGUGUGUAAUGUUUACAUUAGUUAAAGAGCAACUUUUACUCCAACAUUUAUCACGUACGUUUAUAAUAAAUGAAUGAUAUUUUA